UUGAGAGUUGAGCCACUUUUUGCGUUCUUCUUUCAGAAACCCAUUGCUAACUACACACCGAGGCCUGUGCCACCCAUUGAGUAUGGCAUACCGAGACCACCGGAGGACUGGAAUGAAGUGGAUAACCCCAUUGAAGCACUUGCUAAGCGCGAAGGCAAGAUUCCGAUGGAAAAUGAUUGGGCACCUCAGGAAUUCUAUCCUGACCCGGAUCCCGAAACCGGUGCUCCUCGAAAUCCGGCCGGCCGGACUGGCAUCAUGGGCCGAGGUGUUUUGCCAUGCUGGGGAGCUAAUUCCGCUAUCAUAGUGGCCAUCACAACAUGGCAAUAUGCGGAUGACGGCAAGAUCGCUAUUUUUAAAGGUCGCCGAGUCAUCGAGAGUCUCGUCUACAGUCUGAAGAGCGGCCAGCUCCAGUUGCCUAUGGUACUAAAAAAGGGUGGACGCUUAGCCGAAUUAUAG